AUGCAAAGAUAUCCAAGGCUUGCACCUGGAGGCAAGGAGACAGAAGCAUCUUUUCCCCAAGCUUGGUCAAUGAUCAAUUUUCCAAAUUUUAAAGCUUCCCUCGUCGUCGAAGAAGAAGCUGAGAGUUCGGAGCUUAUGCUAGUAAAUUUCAUCCACUACUUUGAGACUACUUUUUCCGGAGUAGUAUCAUUUGCGUGGGAGGAUAUAUCAAAGGACCCUCUUUCGUCCACGCUGGAUGAGGGUCACUCAUCAUCAUCUACUCAUCUAUCUGACAACGUGUCGAUAUUUCCUGCACUAGCAUUGUUACUGCGUAGCCACCCACUUAUUCUUCCUCGCAAUAUUCCGACUCUGGAUGAGAUUGAUCUUUGGUAUCAAAAGAAGGGCGCCGUGACUUGUCCGGUUAUAGUUUGGAUGGUACAUCAGGUCUCCUUUGGUAAUUUACAUGCAGCCUUGUUUUCAUGGGUUCAUGUCUUAUUACCACAGUUUAAAAAACAACAAGUCUCCCCUCCUCACUCAAGGGAAUUCAUACUGCAGUUGGUUGAGAUAAUUAUUUUUGAGCACCCAGGGGCUAAGACCAAACUCGUACAGUCUCCUACUCUUUGUGAUAUUCCACUGUUUCCACUUAGUUUGUUCGAGAUCUUGCUGCGCGCUACAUUCCCUGCCACAACAGAAGAGGAGGAUACAACGAGGUUACUAAAAAUUUAUACCUCGUUAAAGGAUGUGGCUCUUGCCUGUGCAUUACUAGACAAGCAACUCCCUAGAUUUAUGUUCACUUUGUCUUUGACAUUAGCUGGUGAAGGAAAUCCUGGUUUAGCAAAAGAAGCUAUAGAAAUUGCUAUCUGGUGUAUGGAAAACGGUGAUUGCUGGGAGGACUGGUACGAUUUGUGUAAAGUGAAUUUAGAAGCUAGUCUCGCUCUUCUUAAAACGCUUACAGAGAAAGAAAAUUUAAACCUCAACCUCCUCCUACCUUCAUCAAAGCAUGAUUUCAUCCAACACAUGUUCACUGUUUCUUUGAUACUAGUUGGAGAAGGGAAUCCUUUUUUAGCCAAGGAAGCUACAAAAAUCUGUAUCUGGUGUCUGCCCCAACUCGAUUGCUGGAGCCAUUUGAUUUAUAAAAAUCUCUAUACGAAGAAUCUAGAAGCUAGUGUUGUUGCUCUUCUUAAAGCACUUGUGGACGAAUGGCCUGCUCUUUCCCUCAAACUUCCAUCAUCAUCAUCAGGGAAACCGUUCAUUAAACAGAUAUUCACUUUUUUCUUUGGUAUUAGCUGGAGAAGAAAAUCCUUUGUUAGCCAAGGAAGCCACAGAAAUCGCUAUCUGGUCUCUGUCCCAAAACGUUGA